AUGAAGCAGAUGGAGGACAGGCUGCGGAGCUGCGAGGCUCAAAGGGAGCUGAUGGCCUUGAGGCGUAAACUUGAGCUCAUGGAGGAGGAGAAGAGGGAGCACAGCGACAAUUGCUCCAAGGCUAAACUGGAGGUCAAGGAUCUGCGGUUCACAGUUGAGGAGCUCCAGCAAAAGCUGCAGGCCGUUACCAACCCGCCCCCAGCUCCAGCUCCAGCUCCUCCACCCCCACCACCUCCACCUCCUCCAGCCCCGGCUGUGGCCUCCAACCCACUCAGUUCUCUGCUGUCGUUGAUCCGAAGAAGACGAGACGUCAGCACUGACAUCCCACUGGUGGUCCAGGACUCAGCCCAGACCCCAGACGUCAGGCAGCAGGCAGUGGACGAGAUGAUGCAUCGGAUCAAGAAAGGAGUUCAACUUCGACCUGUCGGCCAGUCCCCGAGUAGAACCAGGAGACAGAUGGAGAGGCUGCCCUCUAAUUCUGCCAUUCAGGAACUCAAAGGCAUCAUGGACAAGUUCGGUCGGACCCCCCCCCCCCAACCGAAGGCGACGCCCCCCCCGUCGCCGACCCGCGACGAGCAGCUGCAGAGGAUCCUGCUGAGGCGACGGGACGCGCUGGAGCCCCAACGCCACGCCGGUGAGUUCCUCGCCUGCGGCCCACAAUGCAUCUGA